AUGAUUGACGUCAAUGCGAACGACGCCCCGGUCGGCUUCAUCACGCUUCAAAUUGAGGUCUUCAAGCAUCCAGGCUCUGGUGAAUUCAAGGUCAUAACGAAAAGCAAGUUCACUUUCCUCUAUUGCAUGAUACACUCACAGAAACAUGUCAUUCUCUUGUUGCAUGAUACAAAGGCCUGCUUGCAAAUGCUGUCGUUGUUAGCCAGUUUUUCGAGUGCAUCUGCUUCUCUUCCAGCCAAAGUGGUAGCAUCAACCCUUCCGAAUGUGAACGGACCAAAUGACAUUUUGGGUCAGACUAAGGAUCUGGGCUUGUGCUGCCUGUACCACAAGAAUGGCCCAGACUUGAGGCAAGGGAGAAUGGAUAGAUUGCGAUAA